AUGAAAUCGUCUCUCACCGAAUGCGGAUCAAAGCAGAAAGAGUUUUUGAAAGUGGAAUGCGAUAAAUACAUGGCAACCCCGUCGUUCCAAGAGGGAACCAAGGGCACAUAUGGACAAGUAAUCUGCUGCGACGAACUGAAAUUUUGCUCUGGGCCAUUUUAUACUCAGGUAAGCUACGGUACGGUAUCAUCAAUCAAUUCUUAA